AAGCCCGGAAUUGCUGGUCAUGGAGCUGAGCCACCAACCAGGCACAACCACUUUGCCCAGGACCCAGCUGGACAGAAACAAGGACAUGGACUCCUGGAGUACUACCCACAGUGACCUCAACCCCUCCAAGCUCAAGUAUCAGCCACGUCUCUCCCUGACCCCGCGAAGCAGCUCCUUAGAGCAAGGUCACCUGGAGAUCCCACCUCCGCCACCUACGCCCACCAGCAGGACUUCCCUGGGGGGGGACCCAAGGCCUGGGGACCUGAAGAACAUCGGAUGCAGACUGUCCUCUGAAGAAAAUAAGACUGGGGUGGAGGAAGGCCCCAACUCGAGGACAGUGCCUAUGAGCCAGAAAGACAGCGUCAUUCCUAACAAUAUCCGCCACAAAUUUGGAAGCAAAGUGGUGGACCAGCUGGUCCCUGAGGAGCAGGCUCGGAGAGCCAUCGAUGAGAUCCUGGACGGUCCGAAGAGAGCAAGCUCGUGGUCCAGCCAGACGCGGAGUCCUGCAGAGCUCUCGUCCAUCUUUGCAGAUUACUAUGAUCUGGGCUACCACAUGCGGUCCAAUUUAUUUCAAGGUGCCCCCCUGGAGACAAAGAGCCUCAUGAAGGCCUCCUACACACCGGAAGUGAUCGAGAAAUCGGUGAGGGACAUAGAACACUGGCACGGCAGGAAGACGGACGAGCUGGGUCGGUGGCACCGGAAAAAUGCUAUGAACAUGAACCUACAGAAAGCGCUGGAUGAGAAAUUUGGAGAAAAGAGCAAAUCCAGGAGCCAUAAGUAGAUAGGACCUUAGAAGGUAUGCUGUCUACUCAAAAUGCUACCAAUAAAGAAAGAGGCAGAACUCGA